AUGUACGACUUACAGCAGACCGAACAGCUGCAAAAAAGUGGCGCACAUUUUAUAAAGUACGUUUUCAUGACAAGUAUUUAAGUUCCUUGUGCCCGCUAAAGUCAGGAAGGUGACGGGUCGGACAGCAAGGCCAUAUGCAUCUUUCGAAACGUCUGAUUACAACGGGGUCCAUCUUCAGGGAUGACUACAGCAUCAUGACCAGAAGCCAGGAAAGUCAGAAUUUGAUUGAAGCUUGGUUAUCUGCUGUGACCUCCGUCAAUCGGCAUACUGAUAUUUUGUCCGCAUGCCGAGCCUCAUGCAGCACUAGUCGUCAGUUAUCUGUUUUAGAUGGGCACCCAUGUGAUUUUGGAAGUUCGAAAGUAAUAUGCAAAUGGCUCCGAUGCUCGGUCCGUCCCCUUCCUAACUACGAAACUUUUCGGUUUGCCUUAUUUGCAUCUACUCACUCAAACUAGUGACUGGAUCUUCUUCCCGCGUUUGCCUAUUUGCUCGGCCCUUAUUUGCUCUCAUUUUCUAUAGGAAAAACGCGGCAAGAGUCGAAGCAGACGACUGACUCACUGGCACGUGGAUGACACGUGCUGGUAAUGUUCGAUUUUCGCUACUUACCCUUGACAGUGUGAUCGCUCGCAGUGAUGGUCUUGCCCUAUAAUGUGUUGGGAUUUAUUUCUGUGCCUUUAUUUUGAGCCUAAACAUUCCGACACUUGUGAGAGCCUGGCCCGAUGUUCUGUUUGGUUCAACGUCCGCCCGAUCGAUUCGACUUGUUCGCAGACUAUCAAUUUGACAUGCUCGACAUGCGAAAAUAUUUGAAUGAGUGGCACCGGCGUGAAUAAUGGACUAGAUUGUAUCAAGCUUUGGUAGAGACGUGCAAAGCGUUGAUACCUCGGAGGGCAGUCGCUUCCUCACUACAGCGGACAGCUUUAGUACGGUUAUCGAACUGGAAACUGUCGACUGGAUAUCGAAAUGGGCCGUGUGUGUCGCUCUCAGGCCGGCACACGACACAGUAACGGUGGAGUUCUUUACUGAAAUACGGUUGUACUUCUAACUGUUUCCUCUACUGAGAUUAUUUUAUUAAAAUUAAACGUUCGCCGUCCGUCUUCAAACUAUUUCCGAUUGCAACCGAUACAGCUGGAGCCUGCAACUCAGUGGUUCAGUGAAUAAACAGACCCAGUCUUUCGGGGUUAGGUUUGGUGGUACCUACCUGACGAUGACAAAUAAGCCACCAACAGUCAUUCGUACGUCUUUUGGCCCCGUUAGUAACACUUUUUGAACUGAAUUGCCAAACCUACUCUGGUGGUUUUUUUGCGGUUGCUGAUGUUGUGCUUUUUUAUGCAUCAAUCUACAGUCGUUUUCGGUUCAGCACACUAUGGGAUCUCGUUAGUCCUAAAGGCCUGUCCUAGCUUACGCCAGUCCCAUUACAGAAUACAUCAGGUCAGAUUAUAGGAAGAUGCCUUUACUUCACGUAAAGCACCGGUCCACCACCCAGUUCGAAGUCAGUUAGCCCUUCCCACUAUCAUUAAAUAUUCUUACUUUUGCUGCGUACUAGACCAUCGAUACUACGCCACAGAAGUUGAGCUUAGUGUCUGUGAGCACGCCAUGAUUAUAAUCCACACCGUAAACCUCAGGGCGUUUGCAUGAAACCCCUGUCGUAUAAACAGUUCUAACCAUGAAACUCAUGGCUUUUUCUUAAACUCCAGAAGUCUCUAAAAUGAGACAGCAACAAAAUUCCACGUCGAGGUCCGUGUCGGAAGGACGUUUUUGUUGGACAAGAAACAGCGUCAUUAUUACUCUGGAAAUCAAACCAUGGCACACAGACCAUAGCGGUUCGCUCGUUCGUUAGACAGUAAUUGGCACAGGACGCCUUGGGUGAGAGAUGGAUCGCUGUCGUUCUCGGCUUGUAAGUGGAAACUCGCUAUCCAUCCUGACCUCACCCUCUCUCCGCAGAACCGGUUUAGGAUUCAGAGACUGUACAGAAUUUCAAAAUGCUGACAAAACCUGAGAUCUUUUUGUGUCACAGUCGGUUUGCUUGCAUUAAGUGUAGUCCGUCCUGCCUGCCCGUUACUUGUGACGCCCUGGGUAGUCUUCAACCAGGCUGUGGGCAGUCCCCAUAGUAUGUCCCUUUUUAGUGCUCUAUAUACAUGGGAGAGAAUGAAGGCAGGUGAUCAGCUUCCGGCCAGCAGCCCGCCCAAUUCAUCCUGAGCCGAUGCGUAGGUGCCUGUUACUUUGAUUGAUCAAACUGGUAUUCGUUUGCUUUCCGAGACAUGUCCUUUUGUCUUUCUCGGGGAACGCCGAUAAGCCCUGUAAGCCUGUACCUUCCUGUCAAAACGGACCUUGUGUUGCUAGGCGGACGACCCGCUUGCCGACUAUGUUGAUGGCCACAGGAAAAGCUAUGCCUUGUUACCAGGGCAGCACCUCGUUCCUGACGUUUCUUAAGCCAGUCAUGCUUGGCAUCAUAACAGGAAUUAGAGUCACCACUAUCUGCCUAUGAGCCUUUGCCGAUUUUAUUAUUUAUUUUUGGAUCGCCUUUGCCAGGGAGUACCCUGUUAGCGUCUUCAGACACUUAUGACCAAUAACAACCCGUUUCUUAUACCUGGUCCUUAGGUGGAAGCUCUGAUACCACCGGUCAUUUUGCACAUGCGGACGGGUAAUUUGAUUCAAAUGUAAAAAAACUCAGGGCUCAGGUGGCUUAAACGUUGGUUGCACUUAAACCACGUCCAUUGUGCUGUAGGUCCGAAUCCCGCCGUUUCUCAGUUAAGCAAGGGGACGGAUUUCGGUUACAACAGAACAGGUCUGGGUCAGUUUUACUUGGAAAAAGCCGGAAUAAUUGGUCGACUCGACGAUGUCUACUGUGUGCUCCAUAGUAGAGUGAGAGCAGGGACGAUGACUUGCACGUGAAUUAGUUCAUAGUGAGAGUAGACUUUCGAAGCACCUGCCACACUCCCCCCCUUCUCCCCCACCUGGACCCGGCGUCAAGACAGAAGACCGGAGGUGGGAGAGGGCACGGGUGGCUGGCGCCGCCACACGCGUCACUUGCCCAGCACCACUCAGACUUUUUCCUUUUAAGGGUACAAGGUAUUCUGGCUUUAUGCUUUCUUUACACAGCUUUCGGUUGUGCGAGAAAAUUUAAUUGCCCUUAGUCGUAUAAAAGCAUCCCCUUCGGACUCUCGCAUGUUAUCCAAUAUAUAAUCCAGGCGCGCUAGUUUUCCCCAAAGGAUAAGUCUUGUGACAGUUUACUUUUCUUUUCUAAAGGACCGACCGCGGUGGUCUCAUUACCUAUCACGGCCCCGGCCAACUCACCGCGUACCCCAUUAUCAACCUCAAGAGCCGCCAUCUAGCUGGAAACGGUCUCAGAUGGUACGUUGGAGCUCUUGAACAAGCAGGCUAUGAAGUCUGUCAGAAGAAUUUUGCCAUAACUACUGCCUCCAAGGGUAGCGUCCUCUUUCCCGAGAGCACAGGAGCUACUGGGGUCUGGCUUGAUCGUGGGCACAAGAUCAUGUCUAUAGGUAGUCCACUCGGUCAAUCCUUCAAUGCACGGAUUAAAGCAGUAGAAUGUUUCCCAGAAAACCCUCAACAAAUAUGCACAGUUGCUUAUACUUCUGUUUCGAUUUUCUAGGCAUUCACCGAUCUGGAGAUGUGACUUAUCACGGAGUCGGACUAAACUGUACCAACGAACCUCUCAGGUGGUUUGACCAGAUCACGCCCUGUGGACUGGUCGGCUGCAGGAUGGCGUCCAUUGAGUCAGCCACAAACAACCGUGUAACACCUGAGACAGUAGCACCGGUGCUCGCCAGGGCACUCUACACCAAUCUAUUUCGCCAAACAGAUGCACCCUCGCCAGUACGGCUCGCCUUCUCAAAACUACCCACCUUGGGUGGUACAUCAGGCUGGGACAUGCUGGCACGCUUCAUCCUGCACGAUGCAGACCUACGGUCUCGGAACGCCUCUUCUGUCCGCUUAAACCUCUCCGAAGCAUUUUUACACAUGCGGACACUUUACAGAACCAAGGCACCCGCAGUUUAG